CUUCCCAUUUAAACUAUUAAAAGGCUUUUCAUGGCUCUUAAGGCCAUGAAAGAAAACUCUUCUUCUUCUUCUUCUUCUUCUUCUUCUUCUUCUCAACAAUGGAAAUAUGAUGUUUUUCUUAGCUUUAGGGGUGAAGAUACCCGUAAGAAUUUUAUCAGUCAUUUGUGCAAAGAGUUUCGUCAAAAAGGAAUCAUAAUAUUCAAGGAUGAUCGAGAACUUGAGAAAGGGGAAACUAUUUCUCAAGAACUCCUCAAAGCAAUUGAAAGCUCCAAAAUUUCUCUUGUCAUCUUUUCAAAAAAUUACGCUUCUUCAACAUGGUGUUUGGAUGAACUCGUAAAAAUUUUAGAAUGCAAGAACUCUGGCAACCAAAUAGUUUUGCCCAUUUUCUAUGAUGUGAAUCCAUCAGAAGUUCGAAAACAGAAGGGGAGUAUUGAAAAUGACUUUGAACAUUAUCAGCAGAACGACGAGAGGGUGCAACGGUGGAGACUUGCUAUGACUCAAGUGGCCAAUCUUUCUGGAUGGAAUUUACAAGACAGGGAGGAGUCAGAGUUUAUUCAGGAUAUCACUAAAGAUGUACUUAACGAAUUGGAAAGAUUUAGUCAUAGCAUAGCCAAGGAUUUUGUUGGAAUGGAUUCACGAUUAGAGAAAAUGAGAUUGUGUAUCAAUAUAGAGGAGCUAAAUAAUGUCAAAACGGUAGGUAUUUGUGGGAUGGGUGGCAUUGGAAAAACAACUAUUGCUAGUGUCACCUACAAGGAAAUGCAAUGCCAAUUUGAGGGUAGUGCUUUUCUUGCGGAUGUUAGAGAAACUUCAAGAAAAUAUGGUUUGUUCACUUUACAAAGACGACUUUUAUGUGCAACAUUGAUGGAAAGAGACAUAGAUGUGUACGAUGAAUACAAUGGAGUUUAUCACAUAAAAAAUAGGCUAUCUCGGAAGAAGGUUUUGGUCAUUCUUGAUGAUGUUGAUGAGUUAGAGCAAUUAGAAUUAUUAGUUGGAAAAAAAGAUGAAAACUGGUUUGGAGUUGGAAGUAGAAUCAUAAUAACGACUAGGGAUGAACAUUUGUUGAUCCAACAUGAAGUAGAUCAAAUAUAUAGGGUUGGGGAGUUAAAUCAUCAUGAAGCCCUUCAACUCUUUUGCUUGAAAGCCUUUAAGAAAGAUUGUCCACCACAAGAUUACAUGGAGCUAUCCAACAAAGCUGUAAGCUAUGCAGGUGGCCUCCCAUUAGCGCUUAAUGUUUUGGGUUCCUCCUUGUUUGCUAGAUCUGUGAAAGAAUGGAACAGUGCAUUGAAGAGGUUGAAAAAAAUUCCCAAUGAAAAAAUUCUAAGUAAGCUUGAAAUAAGUUUUGAUGGAUUGGAGGAAAUACAAAAAAAAAUAUUUCUUGACAUCGCAUGCUUUUUCAAAGGAAAAAUGAAACGUUAUGUGAUGAAAGUACUGGAAAGUGGUGGAUUAUACCCAGAUAUUGGUAUAAGGGAGCUUAUCGAUAAAUCUCUCAUAACUAUUUCAGACAACCGUGUGUGGAUGCAUGAUUUGCUUGAAGAAAUGGGUCAAGAAAUUGUUCAUCGAGAAUGUCGAGAAGAGCCUGGACGACGUAGUAGACUAUGGCUUUAUAAGGAUGUCUGUCACAUCUUAAUGAAUGAUACGGGAACAAAUCUAAUUGAAGGUGUAGUCCUGGAUUAUAUGUUUGAUCAAGGAUACAGAUACAUGAGUUCUAAAGCCUUCUUGAAGAUGAAAGCUCUCAGAUUGCUCAUACUUCGCAAUUUAAAACUCUCCAAAGACAUUGAAUAUCUUUCCAAUGAAUUAAGGUACUUGGAAUGGCGUGGGUAUCCUUUCAAAUCUUUGCCACAAACUUUUCAACCAGAUCAACUUGUUGAGCUCCAUUUGUCUUAUAGCAGAAUUGAACAAUUAUGGAAGGGAGUAAGACCUUUAAAGUUGUUGAAGAUAAUUGAUCUUAGUUACUCCAAAAAUUUAAUCAAGACACCCGACUUUAGAGAGAUCCCAUACCUUGAAGAGUUGAUACUUGAAUGUUGUACAGGAUUACUUGAAGUACACCAUUCUAUUGGACUUCUAGAAAGGCUUGUUUUACUGAACAUGAAGAAUUGCAAAAGCCUUACAGCUCUUCCAAGUAGCCUGUGUAAUUUGAAGUCUCUUAAAGUUUUUAUAUUGAGUGGCUGCUCAAAUCUUGAAGAAAUUCCAGAUAACAUAGGGGAUAUGACAUCUGUGGAUGUGUUUGAAAUAGCAGGAAUCGGUUCAACAUCAUUGCCAUUAGCUCAGCCAUGGGAUUGUCUUUGCCCUUGGUGGCCAAUGCCUAAGAAACCUACACCUGCCAUGUCCUUUGAGUUGCCUUCUUUAAGAGGCUUUUGCAUUCUUAGGAGACUUAAUCUAAGUCAUUGCGGUCUUACGGAUGCAAUGAUUCCUUAUGAUCUAAGUUGUUUCCCAUUUUUACAACAUCUAGAUCUAAGCGGAAAUGAUUUUGUAAGCAUGCCUGAAAGCAUUAGUCAACUCUCUAAACUCUUAGCUGUUCGUUUUAGCAAUUGUAAGAGGAUUCGAUCAUUUCCAAAUAAUCUUCCUUCGGGUCUCAAACAUCUUAGCAUGGAGGGUUGCUCUUUCUUGGAAACUUCACUAACUACAAGCAUAAGUAGAAAUUUUAAACUUGAAAACCUUCACUUCGUUGAUUGCAAGAAGCUUCAGUCCUUGCGUGAUCUUUCAUCAACCGUUUUACAACUUAGUGCGGAAUGUCUAACUACACAGGAAAGUAUUCCAAAUCCAUUUGAAGCAAGCACUUCAAGAACUUCAUCGUUCGCCCUUAUAAAAUGGGUAAGGUUGAUUGAGAUUCAAGGCCAAAAUCGUAGGCCACUUGCAAGGCUAAUGAGUUACAUGCAUUUCUUAUUGGUGCACAACUCUCUCUCUCUGGGACUCUUUAGUGCAAACACCCUUGUAUCAUUGUGUUUAGCCUCAAGUGAAGUUCCUGUGUGGUUCAACAAUCAAGGCUCGGGGUCUUCAUUAGAAGUGCAGCUACCUCCUUAUUGGUUGAAUUACGGAUGGGGAGGAUUCUGUUUAUCUGGAGUUUUUAGAUUCCAUCAUGAUCAGCCUCCUUCAGUGGAUACUUGUACUGUUGUGUGUGACUUGCAUGCAUACAAUUUGCCGUCGGAACAAAGUUUGUUUCUAGGUCGCUUUACGAUGGAAAUCGCUCAAGAUUUAUGCAUCACUUCUGAUCAACUUUGGAUUAGCUUUGUGCCUCCUAGCUCCAUAACUUGUCUAGAUCAGUUGGAAGGAUGUAAUCAACUUAAGGCGUCAUUUUUUUCUGACCAGUUAGAGGUCAAGAAUUGUGGACUUCGUCUAUUAUAUUAUGACGAUGAAGACGUUGUUGACAUUUUAACGUGUGGAUACUUGUACUGUUGUGUGUGACUUGCAUGCAUACAAUUUGCCGUCGGAACAAAGUUUGUUUCUAGGUCGCUUUACGAUGGAAAUCGCUCAAGAUUUAUGCAUCACUUCUGAUCAACUUUGGAUUAGCUUUGUGCCUCCUAGCUCCAUAACUUGUCUAGAUCAGUUGGAAGGAUGUAAUCAACUUAAGGCGUCAUUUUUUUUCUGACCAGUUAGAGGUCAAGAAUUGUGGACUUCGUCUAUUAUAUUAUGACGAUGAAGACGUUGUUGACAUUUUAACGUGUGGAUAUUUGCAUUUAUUUACCGUUGUUGACAAAUAUUGGUAAUUAUAUUCUUUAUAAUUCUUUCCUUUGGUCA